UGAGUGUAUUGAACCAGAUGGGCACUCAGUUAGCCAGAUUGCUAACCCAAACCAUGAGUUUUCCUGUCACGUUAUCGAAAAUUGACAUAACGCGAAACUGAUUUUACUUUACCUUAGCGGAGUAAAACUUCAGGUUGCUGUGUCACUCAGUCUGUCUUUGCCACGCUUCCACAUGCUUUAAACCCUGACUUGCCUGGAAGUGCGCACAUACACACACACACACACACACACACACACACACACACACACACACACACACACACACGAAAACGAGAGAAAUACAUUUGUUUGCAGAGCCACACUCUAUAAUAUAAUAUAAUAAUAAAAUAUAAUAUAUAAUAAUCUUACACAAUCCAAAUACGCCCUGCACACAACCAACCAACACACACUGACCAGCCACAGCAAACGCAUUCACAGACCUAUUCUAACCCUACUCACAGUUGACCACAAACGCAGCUACUGGAGCCUACAACACACACAUUGGCACCCCCUUUCUUUCUCUCACCUCUUCUGCUCCUCCCCUCUGCAUACCUCUGGAGCUACACAGAACUUCUCUGCUUUUCCUGAAUUUUUAAUCCGCAAGCCACAGAGAGAAACACCAUCGCUCUCUCAUUAAUCUCCUGAUGCGUGCAACUGCAACUGGUGACAUAUCAGCAUGAUGGCCAGAGGAUAAAAUGCAUGGAAUAUAUUUUUACCACAUCAGUUUUUUGGACACAUUAAUCUCAUUAUAAUGAUGAUUCCUGCCUCCUCCCCAAUUAUUUGCAAUUAUUUUGCUUUGAACCUGGAAGGUGCUGCAGCAGAGAUGCACUCUUAUUAACUUUCUGGAUAUCUUUGGCUUAUCCUAAACAGUGAGUGAUCAUUAUGAAAACCAUGGAAAUUACAUGUUCUAUUAGCAUAUAAUAACACAGUACAGUGUUGCUUACAUAUAGGAAAUAGUAGCAAUAAGUGUUAUACAUUGGUAUAUACCAACCAUUCAGAAAAAUAAAACCCCAUUACCAGACUGUAAUGGGAAGAGAAGCAGAGGAGAGAGCGGCUUCUGGCCAUUCCGAAAGGAGGAAACCCAAGGAAGAAGAAGAAGAGAGUGAGAAGGAGAUGGAGGAAGAGGGCAGAAGUAUGCAGAUCCCUAUGUUUCGCUGGGUAAUGCACGGGGCAGUGAUGUUUGGACGCGAGUUCUGCUACGCAAUGGAAACAGCCCUGGUGACGCCAGUGCUGCUGCAGAUAGGUCUUCCUGAGCAAUAUUACAGUUUAACCUGGUUCCUCAGUCCUAUCCUGGGUCUCCUCUUCACACCUGUGAUUGGCUCAGCCAGUGACCGAUGUACUCUGCGAUGGGGCCGGAGAAGACCAUUCAUUCUGGCCCUGUGUGUAGGUGUGCUGCUGGGGGUGGCGCUGUUCUUAAAUGGAUCAUUAAUAGGCCUUUCUGUUGGUGAUAGUCCUAGCAGCCAGCCAAUUGGCAUCGUCCUCACUGUAGUUGGUGUGGUGGUGCUGGAUUUCUGUGCCGAUGCCUCUGAGGGACCAAUCAGAGCUUACCUUCUUGAUGUUGCUGACACUGACGAGCAAGAUAUGGCCCUAAAUAUUCAUGCUUUCUCGGCUGGGCUCGGCGGAGCAGUGGGCUACAUGCUGGGUGGUCUAGACUGGACUGGCACAGCUCUGGGCCGAGCAUUUAAAUCACAGGAACAGGUCCUCUUCAUGUUUGCAGGCAUCAUCUUCAUUAUCUCUGUCACACUGCACAUGCUCAGUAUCCCUGAGCAACCUUUAGCUCCUUCCAAUCAGCUUAAAGUCACGGGAAGUGGGGAGUCUACCAGCCAGUUGUCUUUCAGGGCCGUUGGUCACACUCCACCUUUACUUGAUGUGAUUGCAGAGGAGGAUGCUUCAGUGCGAGCUCCGUCCCGAGAGGGCAACAGAUCAGAUCCUGAGGAAGGAGAAAUGGACUUCCUUGCUGUGGAGCGAGUGCGGAGUAAAAGCGAUUCAUUCUUAGCCAUGCCAGAUGCCACAAUUGAGUUGGAUUCUGACCUCGACCCAGAUGCACAAUUUUUCCAGCCAGAGGUGCAUGAUUUUAAGCCGUCAGACCACAGUAUUGGGUCUUCAUCUACUUCCGGUGGACCACCCGCCCUUACUGAUGGGAUGGUGGUCUUAGAGCCUACAAAUCCAGCUUGGCCUGAGCUUAGGGGUCCAAUAAACGGCCCUCCUUCUCUCAGUUCUGGCUCGGAGGACUUACAUCUGAAAACACAGGUCAAGGCUGUCAAUUGUGUCAAUGCUGGCUUGUCCACUUCUGACCACUCCAAUGAAAUGAAAGGCCAUGCCUCCACUAGGCUGCCGAGCCGGCCCUCCAACACCUUAGCUUCAUCACGACCACACCCACACACCUUCUACAGACAGCCCUCCUUCACUUUCUCCUACUAUGGACGAGUGGGAUCACAGCGCUAUCGACUGAGAAGGACAGCACCAUCAAGCCCUCGUCCAAUUACCACCUCCCAAAGUUUGAAUGACCUGAGUAAACUUCAGCGGUGUGGGGACAGGCGGGAGUUACAGCUGUCAGCUAGCAGUCUGUCAUCUGAGGGCUCCAGCAGUGAGGGAGGACCAGACAAGGGUACAACUGUUCGACUGCUCUGGUUAUCCAUGUUGAAGAUGCCUAGGCAGCUGUGGAGAUUGUGUGUGUGUCACCUCCUCACAUGGUUCUCCAUCAUAGCUGAAGCUGUGUUUUACACUGAUUUUAUGGGGCAAGUCAUCUACCACGGAGAUCCCACGGCACCAGCCAAUUCCACAGAGCUACUAAACUAUCACAGAGGAGUACAGAUGGGCUGCUGGGGACUGGUGGUCUAUGCUGCUACUGCUGCUGUCUGCUCUGCAAUCCUUCAAAAGUACCUGGAUAAUUUUGAUCUGAGCAUUAAGAUUGUCUACAUUGUUGGAACUCUGGGAUUCUCAAUAGGAACUGCUGUUAUGGCAAUCUUCCCUAAUGUUUAUGUUGCCAUGGUGAUGAUCAGUAGCAUGGGCAUCAUCUCCUUGAGUAUCUCCUACUGUCCCUAUGCAUUACUCGGGCAGUACCAUGAAAUCAAAGAGUACAUUCACCACAGUCCAGCAAACACUAGAAGAGGUUUUGGUAUUGACUGCGCCAUCUUAUCCUGCCAGGUCUAUAUCAGCCAGAUUCUGGUUGCAUCGGCCCUCGGAGCAGUGGUAGACGCAGUUGGCAGUGUGCGUGUCAUUCCUGCAGUGGCCUCUGGGGGCGCCUUCCUUGGCUUCCUUACUGCCUGUUUCCUGGUUAUUUAUCCUGAUAUGGAGCCCACCAGCUUAGAGAAGGGCUUGGUGGGUUUACCUGGAGAUUCAGACCCAAAUGGAGGAAGGAUCAGUGACUACAGAUGGAGAUAGUCUAAAGAGGACAGAUAAUGACUCUGUUGCCUAAGCAUUAAUUGUUUAGGCUUCUUCUCACUAAGCACAGGCCACAGCAUGUGAGGGUUAAACCAAAUAUAUGUUUCUUUCUGAAGAAGGAAAGAGGAAAAACAUGGCAGAACAGUUGACUCCCAUCUACAGAUAUCUGGGUGGGAUGGAUUUGGAUGGAUAAUAUAUUUUUGGAGUAGAAGACUGAUAAGAAGAAACAAUCGCAAGUGUUGGGCUGCUAUGUUUGUCUUAUUGCUACCUCAACCCUAAAAACAAAUGGAUGGUUAGAUGGAUGGAAGUAAGCCAUUAAAACACAAAGAGACACAUACCAGUGACUUGGCAAGACUGUUGAAGCUUAGACUACUGAAACAAAUUUAAGCCUUUAUUGCGAAAAACAUAAAUGGAAAGCACACAGAGCACUUUCUGUCUCACUCCUUAACAGUAUUGUCACACUGAUGCUGCGUAAAGUGUGAUAUUUUAAUUCACAGAAGCUGCUCUAUAUACUGCUUAAUGGACAAUCAUAGUGCUGUAAAAGUAUGUACCUCUGCAUUACAUGUAGACUGAAUAUGUUAAUACUUGUUCCUGUCUGUUAAUGGAAUACCUUGAUAUUAUAUUGUUAUUUUAUAAAUGCCAGCACGUUUCCAAACUACAGGUAAAGCCUUCAACGUUUGUUGCAGACAUAACAAUUCCUACACUUUUUUUAUUCACAUUUAUGAUUUUGGUUGCAUAACAAGCUAGUGUGCAGUUAGAAGUGCCCUUUUAUGAUGAUUUGAUGACUCUUGCCUGUACUGAAGAUGACAAAAAUUCUGAAAGAGAGAAACAUUUUAUCAUACUGUAAUUAAGAAAUUAAACCAGCAGCUGUGACAAUGUAUUUUUGGCACUAUGGUUAAGUCUGCGGAUAGAUCUGUUAUCCACAUUCCUUUAUUCAAAUUACAAACCAAUUGCAAUGCAAAGUGUUUCUCAAUGAAGACCGAUUUUGCGUUGCAACUACUGUAAAUAUACACUGUGUAUCAUCUCUCAAAUUUGACCUCAAGUAGUUUUGGGCUUCAGUGUGAUUUGUAUUAGAGGAUGGCAUUUGUUUUGUUUUCUAUUGAAAAAAAGUGUUUUGAAAUAUACAUUCCAAAUACAGGUGACAUAGUUAGAUAGAAAUGCUCUGACGUUAAAGGGGAUUGUAGUUUUUGUUUGUAAUUUGUAUUAGAAGCAAAAUUACACUAGCCCACAUUAGUUUAGUGUGCCAUGCUCAUCAUUUGACACCUGUGAAGGACAAAUAAGAUAAAUACCUCCUAUACUGCCAGGCUUCAGUAUACAUCAGAAUAACAAACAUGAGAGGUAGCAGAGAGUCUGUGGAGGAGUAUUGUGAACAUUGAGCAGCAUGCAAGACAAUGUUUAACAUACUCCCUACCACACUUUAACAUAUUGGCAGUGUCACAAACUGAGUGCAGUGUACAAAGUUUAAUAAGCUAUACAGACCUAUGCCAGUCCUAAUUGAACAGCAUAGUAUGUCCUUUUUUCAGUAGAACCCCAUCACUCUUGAAUAUUAGACUUGGUGUAAAUGCCCAGAGCAGCCUUAAGUUUCACUAAUAAGAGCUUUAUUUCUUUAAUUGUAGAGGUUUACAUGAUCUGAAACUGUUUCAGAAACAUGCAAUGCUGCAUAUUGAAUAGUAGAGAGGACCGGUUCGAUGCAAGGCCGACAGCUGAUCUUUGCAAAUUUGCAAAAAUGACCAAGUGAACAUUAAAGAAAAGCACAGGGCCUUCUCAGUUCACUUUCCUCCUUAAAGGAUUGUUCAAGUCAGAGUGAAAACAGCACAAGCAUGAAAUGUCUCUAUCAUUGUUGCAACCUUGAGGCUUUACUUUGUUUAUGGGCAAUGCCAACACUGUAUUUGUUUUUGUGGACCUUGUAUCCUGGCAGCUUUGCCAUUGCUUUGCCUGUCAUGUCAGAAAAGUGUCUUCUGUGGUGUGAGGACUUAAGGCCUCAAGAUUUACACAGCCUGAUUCACAAGCACUACAAAGGGAUCAAUCUGUGGAUUUUGGCAUGAUAUAUUGAAGGGAAAGUGUUGAGAAAACUAAUGCAAAAUGAUAUAAAUAAGCACUAAUAUCACUGUAAAUAAUGCAGAGAUUCUGCUUGUGUGUGACAUGGGCUGUGUGCCAUUGUGUUCCUUGGGAAUUGUAUUAGGCCUGUUUUUUAAAAAGCACCUGUUGACAAGAGGUUAGGGUAUAUAAUAUUGUUAGUUUUUUUUUUAGCUAUAUAUUUUGCUAGUAUUAUAUUUUCCAAGCAAUAUGAGGUACUUAUUCUUUGUUAAUCAAAAUAGAACAGUCAUGGGAUCUGUAGACAUGUUAAAAUGUUAUUUUUCACUUUUCUAUCAGAGGACCAGUAAACAGGCAGGUUAACCAAAUCCUCUUGUUUAAAGCUUUGAUUCCUUUUACAUUAACUUAGUUUUAGUUCAAUGAGUAAUUUCACUUUAGCUGGUCUAAAUGUUUCAGAGAUGUUUUCAUCUUACAAAGAAGGUUUUCUUGGGGAAUAACUCAAUUUUUAGUGCCAAACUACUGUAGAAGAAUAAGAGUUUCUUGGAACAGGCCCCCUGCUGAUUGAAAUUGUUUUGAUUUUAUACAAAUGUUAAGAAUUUAAGAAUGAUAUAUUUUAUGUUUUGGUUUGAAAGUCAAUCACUGGCGUGAUUGUGGUUCUUUUUUGCUGCUGCCGGCAGACUUGUACAAUGUAAAAAAGGUAUUUUUGUACCAAUUAUUUGAAAAAAUACAAUGAUUACACCUUCA